AUAGUAGUAUUUAAAAUAAAAACAGCACCAGUGUUUUCGACUUUUAGACGAGCGCACGUGCUGGUUUUGUUUUAUUUUACCGGUUUCUAGUCAAUCGAGUUCAUUAACAAUUUUUAUUGGAUAGUAAUGGAAGAAUUGAAGGAACCGUCUCUAGCAAAAGAGGCUGUACUUCAAGUGAGCUCAAAGCUACCGGAGGGCACUCCGACGGUGCAAGGCUACGACUGGAAUCGCGGUCUGAACUACGAAGCACUUUUCCAGUCAUAUCAACAUUCUGGAUUUCAAGCUACAAACUUAGGAAACGCCGUAAAAGAAGUGAAUAAAAUGAUAACCUGCCGAGCGGAACCCCUGCCAGAGGAAUAUCAAGAUAUGUACGAAGAAGAUGAAUUCAUAAAGCGUACCAGCAAUUGCACCAUUUUCCUCGGCUACACAUCUAACAUGGUCUCAUGUGGUGUACGCGAAUCAAUACGUUUUCUGGUACAACACAAACAAAUUGAUUGCAUUGUGACUACUGCUGGUGGAGUCGAAGAAGAUUUGAUCAAAUGCCUAGCGCCAACAUAUUUGGGAUCAUUUGAAAUGGAAGGCAAACGACUACGAGAGCAGGGUAUCAACAGAAUCGGGAACUUGUUGGUUCCAAACGAUAACUAUUGUAAGUUUGAAAACUGGGUGCUUCCGCUGAUGGAUGAGAUGUUGGUGGAACAAAAAACCAAAGGGAUGCUUUGGACGCCAUCCAAAGUCAUUCAACGGUUAGGGGAAGCGAUCAACGACGAAAGUUCGAUCUACUACUGGGCUGCCAAAAAUAAGAUACCGGUUUUUAGCCCUGCAUUAACCGAUGGUAGCCUCGGCGAUAUGAUGUAUUUCCAUUCCUUCCGUAAUCCAGGACUAGUUUUGGAUAUUAUUUCCGAUCUGAGACGCCUCAAUACGAUGGCAGUUAAGGCGAAUAACUCUGGAAUCAUCAUUAUUGGAGGCGGUGUGGUUAAACAUCAUAUAUGUAACGCGAAUCUGAUGAGGAACGGUGCCGAUUUUUCGGUGUUUGUAAAUACGGCCUCGGAGUUCGAUGGUAGUGACAGUGGAGCCAGGCCAGAUGAGGCGAUUUCGUGGGGUAAAAUAAAAAAAGAUGCCUCUCCUGUCAAAGUAUACGCGGAGGCUAGCCUUGUGUUUCCAAUUCUAGUUGGAGAAACAUUUGUAAAGGAUUAUUUCACAAGAAAUAAACUGAAUGAGAAAAGAUAG